CAGACAGAAGCUACUCAAACGCUCUUGGAGUAACAGAUCGCAGCUGUCAUCAUGAAAUUCCUGGUUAUUGCCUUUGCCGUUCUGGCCUGCGCCUAUGGCGAUGUCUCCCACUUGGGAUACGACUACUCUCCCCCGGCUCCGGCUCCGGUCUACCAGCCUGCUCCGGCUCCUGUCUACCAGCCAGCUCCGGCUCCGGUCUACCAGCCUGCUCCUGCUCCAGUUGUGAUCCCAGCUCCUGCCCCAGCUCCAGUUGUGAUCCCAGCCCCAGCUCCAGUUGUGAUCCCAGCUCCAGCUCCCGUGAGGACCUAUGUCCCACCUGCACCAAUCAGCAUCCCAGCUCCAGCUCCGGUCUACCACCCAGCGCCAGCUCCAGCUCCCAUCCGUAUCCCUGCCCCUGCUCCAGUCUACCAGCCUGCCCCAGCUCCUGCUCCCAUCAGCAUCCCAGCUCCAAUUGAGAUCCCUGCCCCAGCCCCCGUCAACACCUACAUUCCUCCUGCACCAGCACCAGCUCCGGUCUACCAGCCAGCCCCUGCUCCCAUCCCAGUGAGCAUCCCGGCUCCAGCUCCCGUUUACCAGCCAGCUCCUGCUCCCGUCGUGAUCCCAGCUCCUGCACCAGCUCCAGUUGUGAUCCCUGCUCCAGCUCCAGUUGUCAUCCCUGCUCCAGCUCCAGUUGUGAUCCCAGCCCCAGCUCCCGUGAGGACCUAUGUCCCACCUGCACCAAUCAGCAUCCCAGCUCCAGCUCCAGUUUACCACCCUGCCCCAGCUCCAGCUCCAGUUUACCAGCCCGCUCCUGCUCCCAUCAGCAUUCCGGCUCCAGCCCCAGUUUACCACCCAGCUCCAGCUCCCGCUCCCGUCUACCAGCCAACCAACACCCAGGUUCUGGAGGAGAUCGAGCCCGCUUCCAAUGAUGGAUACCGCUACAAGACCAUCCGUCGUCGCGUCUACCGUCACCGCUUCUAAACUUACCAAAGCCCAACGAAAAACAGUUUCCUAACGAAUUCCCACGGGGAUUCGUAAUAAAAAAUUUCCGCCUUCAAUUUGUUAAACAAAAA